CGCUGUUGGCUGAGGUCUCUGUGGGUCUUUGUUCUCAACUCUGACAAGGCUCGCUCUGUGCUACACAGUUUCUUUUCUUGCUCUUCUGCCACAGAACCACAAAUAUCUCCAGCUGGGAAUCAGACAGGGACAGAAAUGAGGAACCCAGGAGCCCAAGACAAUGUUUCAGUUUCCCAGGGUAUGCGAGCGAUGUUUUACAUGAUGAAGCCCAGUGAAACUGCCUUCCAAACAGUUGAAGAGGUGCCUGAUUACGUUAAAAAGGCAACUCCAUUUUUCAUCUUCUUGAUUCUGCUUGAACUAGUCGUCAGCUGGAUUCUCAAGGGAAAACCAUCAGGUCGUUUGGAUGAUAUUCUCACUUCUAUGUCAGCUGGUGUUGUAUCUCGGCUUCCAAACCUGUUCUUUAGGAGCCUUGAGGUGACCAGCUACAUUUAUAUCUGGGAGAACUACAGAGUUUGUGAGUUGCCUUGGGAUUCUCCAUGGACGUGGUAUUUAACCUUCCUAGGAGUUGACUUUGGUUACUACUGGUUUCACCGCAUGGCACAUGAGAUUAAUAUUAUCUGGGCAGCUCACCAGGCACACCACAGUUCUGAAGACUAUAACUUAAGCACGGCACUGAGACAGUCCGUCCUGCAGCAAUACAGUUCCUGGGUUUUCUACUGUCCCCUGGCCCUUUUCGUACCACCUUCAGUGUUUGCUGUUCAUAUUCAAUUUAAUCUCCUCUACCAAUUUUGGAUCCACACAGAGGUCAUCAGAACCCUUGGCCCUUUGGAACUGGUCCUUAAUACUCCGAGCCAUCACAGAGUUCACCAUGGUAGAAAUCGUUACUGCAUAGAUAAAAACUAUGCUGGCACUCUUAUUAUUUGGGAUAGAAUUUUCGGGACAUUUGAAGCAGAGAAUGAACAGGUUAUAUAUGGUCUAACCCAUCCCAUUGGAACAUUUGAGCCAUUCAAAGUGCAGUUUCACCAUUUACUCUAUAUAUGGACAACAUUCUGGGCCACACCUGGUUUCUGCCAUAAGUUUUCUGUCCUAUUUAAAGGACCAGGAUGGGGUCCAGGUAAACCAAGACUUGGCCUGAGUGAAGAAAUUCCAGAGGUUACAGGACAGGAAGUCCCUUUCACAUCAUCGGCGUCCCAGUUCCUGAAGAUAUAUGCUGUCCUCCAGUUUGCCGUAAUGCUGGUGUUUUAUGAAGAGACCUUUGCAAAUACAGCGGUAUUAUCUCAGGUAACUAUUCUCCUGAGGAUCUGCUUCAUUAUUCUGACCUUGACAUCCAUUGGUUUCCUUCUGGAUCAAAGACCCAAGGCAGCGAUUGUGGAAACUCUCCGGUGUCUGUUGUUCCUAACCCUGUACAGAUUUGGUCACUUAAAGCCUCUCAUUGAAUCUUUAUCAUUUGCAUUUGAGAUUUUCUUUUCGGUUUGCAUUGCAUUCUGGGGAGUAAGAAGCAUAACGCACCUCGCCUCUGGCUCUUGGAAAAAGCCUUAGUGCGCACGCGUCCGUCAGUCCUGUCAGUUGUCCGGGCUACAUCACCAUGACACAGAGCAAGAUCGGUAUCUUCCAUGGUACCCACAGGAGCUACUUCAUGAAAAAUGAAAUCAUCUCUUUACCUGUGCUUUCCACAUUUGUUUUUCUCUUGAAAUUAAUGUGAAUUAUUUGUUUUUGCUCUCACUAAAAACCUAAUGAUUCAUACCCAUUGGAUCCAUUGGGGCUGUAUUCACUUCUCUCUCUCCGUGGCAAUGUAUAUGGAAAGGAAAUGGUGGCUUAAAGAUUUUAAAGAGUGAAAAUUACAUUUGUCUUCUUGUUUUGACAACUUUUCCUUUAUCAUUUGUUAAAAGUAUUCUUACAUACAUCUCUGAUGUCUUUCAAGUGCAUUCUGUCUGUGUGAGCCUGCAUCUACCUCUGCAAAUGAACCAUCUGUGGUGGUGAAUUACAUAAAAACAUACCAACUACAUGAAAAAGAUUAGAAUUGGAAAGAAUCGAUCUGUUCAACAGGUUAAUCUAGAACAUGUAUUUCUAAAAGUUAUUGCAUGUUGCAAUAACUUGAGGAGGACAUCACAAUUCCUGCUGUUUCAAAUGGUCAUAAUACUGAUAAUAAAAUAAUCUCAACAGAA